AUUCUUUCUUCAUCCAUAUUCUCUCAAAUCUCAUGGCUAUGCAAUCAUCUUCCUCUUCCUCUUCAAUUUCCUAUGUAUUCAAAUACCAAGUAUUCCUUAGUUUCAGGGGAAGUGACACUCGGUAUGGUUUCACCGGCAAUCUCUACAAGGCUCUUACUGACAAGGGAAUCCACACCUUCAUUGAUGAUAGUGAACUUCAAAGAGGGGAUGAAAUCACACCAUCACUCGACAAUGCCAUUGAAGAGUCUAGGAUUUUUAUCCCCGUGUUUUCUGCCAACUAUGCCUCUUCGUCGUUUUGUUUGGACGAACUUGUCCACAUCAUUCACUUGUAUAAGCAAAAUGGUCGCCUCGUUUUGCCCGUUUUCUUUGGCGUGGAUCCUUCUCAUGUGCGACAUCAUAGAGGUAGUUAUGGAGAAGCAUUGGCUAAGCAUGAAGAGAGGUUCCAACAUAAUACAGAUCAUAUGGAAAGGUUGCAAAAAUGGAAGAUAGCUCUUACUCAAGCAGCUAACUUGUCUGGCGACCAUCGUUCUCCUGGAUAUGAAUACAAGCUUACUGGGAAGAUAGCUUUUAAUCAGACACCAGACUUGUCAAGUGAUUGUAGUCAGAGAUAUGAAUAUGAUUUUAUUGGAGACAUAGUCAAAUACAUCUCCAACAAGAUCAAUCGUGUGCCCUUACAUGUUGCCAAUUACCCUGUUGGAUUUAAGUUUCGAAUACAACAAGUGAAAUUGCUUCUUGAUAAGGAAACUAAUAAAGGGGUACACAUGGUAGGACUUUAUGGGAUAGGAGGCUUGGGUAAAUCAACACUUGCAAGAGCAAUCUAUAAUUUUAUUGGUGAUCAAUUUGACGGAUUAUGUUUUCUUCAUGAUGUGAGAGAGAAUUCAGCUAAAAAUAACUUGAAACAUCUCCAAGAGAAGCUCCUUUUGAAAACAAUUGGAUUGGAAAUUAAGUUAGACCAUGUUAGUGAGGGAAUUCCAAUCAUUAAGGAAAGGCUAUGUAGAAAGAAGAUUCUUUUGAUUCUCGAUGAUGUUGACAAUAUGAAUCAACUGCAUGCUUUGGCUGGAGGACUUGAUUGGUUCGGCCGUGGAAGCAGAGUCAUCAUUACCACUCGAGACAAACACUUACUAAGUAGUCAUGGGAUAAAAAGUACACAUGCAGUAGAAGGGUUGAAUGGGACUGAAGCUCUUGAAUUGUUAAGGUGGAUGGCUUUUAAAAGUGACAAAGUUCCUUCAGGUUACGAAGACAUUUUAAACCGUGCAGUUGCAUAUUCUUCUGGCCUUCCAUUAGUUAUAGAAGUAGUGGGUUCAAACUUGUUUGGAAAGAGCAUAGAAAAAUGGAAGAGUACAUUAGAUGGGUAUGACAAGAUUCCCAAUAAAGAGAUCCAAAAGAUACUUAAAGUAAGCUAUGAUGCUUUGGAAGAAGAGGAGCAGAGUGUCUUUCUGGACAUUGCUUGUUGCUUCAAAGGAUGCGGAUGGGCGGAUGUCAAAGAUAUACUCCAUGCUCAUUAUGGCCAUUGCAUAACACAUCAUCUAGAAGUGUUGGCUGAAAAAUCUCUCAUAGACCGUUGGGAAUAUGAUGGUUGUGUGGGAUUACAUGACUUGAUAGAGGACAUGGGUAAAGAAGUCGUCCGACAAGAAUCACCUAAAGAGCCAGGAGAAAGAAGUAGGCUAUGGUGUCAAGAUGAUAUAGUUCAUGCUUUAAAUGAAAACACUGGAACUAGUAAAAUUGAAAUGAUAUAUAUGAAUUUCCACUCCAUGGAAUCCGUAAUAGACCAGAAAGGAAUGGCCUUCAAGAAGAUGACAAAACUUAAAACACUAAUCAUUGAAAAUGGCCAUUUUUCCAAUGGACUCAAGUAUCUUCCAAACAGUUUGAGAGUAUUGAAAUGGAAAGGAUGUUUAUUGGAGUCUCUAUCAUCUAGUAUUUUAAGCAAGAAGUUCCAGAAUAUGAAAGUCUUGACAUUGGACGAUUGUGAAUAUUUAACACAUAUACCUGAUGUCUCAGGUCUUUCAAAUAUAGAGAAGUUCUCAUUUAAAUUUUGUAGAAAUUUAAUUACAAUUGACGAUUCAAUUGGCCACCAAAAUAAACUUGAAUUCAUAAGUGCAAUUGGUUGCAGCAAGCUCAAGCGUUUUCCACCCUUAGGUUUGGCAUCUCUUAAGGAAUUGGAACUCUCUUUUUGUGUGAGUCUCAAUAGUUUUCCAGAAUUAUUAUGCAAGAUGACAAAUAUAAAACGUAUUUUGUUUGUUAAUACUUCCAUAGGAGAAUUGCCAUCUUCAUUUCAAAAUCUCAGUGAACUUAAUGACAUAUCAAUAGAGAGAUGUGGAAUGCUGAGGUUCCCAAAACAUAAUGACAAAAUUAAUUCUAUAGUGUUUUCAAAUGUGACACAGCUUAGUCUCCAAAAUUGCAACCUCUCAGAUGAAUGUUUACCAAUACUUCUCAAGUGGUUUGUUAAUGUGAAAAGGCUAGACUUAUCGCAUAACUUCAAUUUCAAUAUUCUUCCCGAGUGUCUUAAUGAAUGUCACCUUAUGAAGAUCUUUGAAUUCGAUUGUUGCAAGUCUCUUGAGGAAAUUAGAGGGAUUCCACCAAAUCUUGAAGAGCUUUCCGCUUAUAAAUGUGAAUCGUUGAGUUCCUCAAGUAGAAGAAUGUUAACGAGUCAGAAACUACAUGAGGCUGGAGGCACUGAAUUUUAUUUCCCAAAUGGAACAGAUGGGAUUCCAAAUUGGUUUGAGCACCAAAUCAGGGGACAAAGCACAAUUACUUUCUGGUUUCGUAAAAAGAUCCCUUCUAUUACUUAUAUUCUUCUUUCUCCAGAACACUGGUUGGGUUACCCAAAAGUCAAUAUUUUUGUGAAUGGAUAUGAAAUUGAGAUAGAUAUUACCUUGAAGUUUGGGAUCUCAGACCAUACACUUUUGUUUGAUCUGAAAUUGGAAGAACAUAAUAAACGCUUGAGAAGAAUUUAUGGGAUUAAGUACGAGUCUGAAAUGGACAAAGCACUUUUGGAAAAUGAAUGGAUCCGUGUGGAGCUUGAGUUGAAGAGUUUCAAUCUUAGUGAGGAAGAGAAGAAUGAAAUGUUAAGGAGUGCACAAAUGGGAAUCCACGUGUUAAAGGAGAAAAACAACGCAGAGGAGGAGAAUGUGAUAUUCACCGAUCCAUAUAGAGAGACAAAAUCUCAAAAGAAAAGGAAACAAAACAUGUUUUCAAUUCUUAUGGAAUAUAAUGAAUUGUGAUGGAAUCCAUUCCAUCCAAUACCACUAAUUUGGAUUCCUUGGUCUAGUCCGUCUUGUUGUUAUUCUCUUGAUCUCAACUUUGCAGACAGGAGAAGCCAUAGUGGAAGUUGGAUAGUUUUGCACAACGUCUAAUAAAUUGCGGCAGAUCUUAAAUGAAUGUUGUUAUGAGAAUACUUGGAACUGGAGGAAGGGGUAAAACAACACUUUCUCAAGCAAUUUAUAAUUCGAUUAUUGAUCAAUUUGAAUGUAAGUGUUUCCUUCACAUUGUGAGAGAAAAUGCUGUUAAACAUGGCUUAGAGUAUCUCCAAGAGCAGCUCCUCUCCAAAUCAAUCGGAUUUGAAAGACAGUUUGGACAUGUUAAUGAAGGAAUUUCAAUCAUAAAAUGAAGGGCUAUCUCAGAAGAAAGUGUUGUUGAUUCUCGAUGACAUAGACAAACGAGAGAAAUUGAACAAUUUGGUCGGAGAGCCUGGUCGGCUUGGUCCUGGAAGCAGAGUCAUCAUUACCACUUGAGACAAACAAUUGCUAUCAGGUCAUGGGAAAACAUAUGCAGUGGUCAGGAUUUUGGCGUUGUCAUGCGACAUGUCUAGUGGUUGCUCGCAGCACAGAAUCCGUUGGUUGUUCGAAAGGGCAGUGAGUAAUGCUAUGCUUUGCAGAUCAAUUAUACUGGUUACAGAGUUUUGAAGAUUGACUCAGAGUUUCCGAGACAGAACCUGUGUAGCAGAAACAACACUGUAUGGCUCUUGUGAUUAAUAAGGUAUUCUUGUGUAAAAACACUUCUCUGCCAGUUCAGUUUCUUGUGUAAAAACACAGCUGCAGCAACCUGUACUGGAUGUUGAUAAAUGGUUGCCAGAGAGUGCAACAUAUUCUCGGUGAAAGGUUGUUAUCAAGAUCUGUGAUAUUUGCAUUUUCCCAAUGAUUUCAAUGAUGAAUUAUUGAAGGCAGUGCAGAGAUAUGGCUCACAUCAGUGCCAAAAAAAGAAUGUGUUUAGUAUGAGACUUUUACGAGAUAGACUUCCUAACCGGCUCGAUUGUGAGGAUUCCCUAUGGACGCGAUCGAUCCCGGUCAAAUGUUUGCAGUUCCACUCACUGACGCAGUGGUGGAAACAUCACAACACCCGACCUUCAGCUUCAAUAUCCCUAAUUUCUGCAUCGUAAUCUUUGAUCCCGUCGGUGAUGAGUGCUGAUUUCGUUCCCUGGCGGCGAUUUCCGGAAAUUGCUGUCACACUUUUUCUCCUCUGUUGCUACCAAUGGAUAGAGGAAAUUUUGGGGUGUUCAGCUUCUUGUCUCUGGCGUUGGAUUUGAGUGACAUUAAUAGCAUUCUUUCUCUUCUAUGGAGACUAUUACACCAUGAGCAAAAUGAGGAUAUUAUAUAGCUUAGAUAGUACAAGUUAUCUUAGUGUAGUACUAUAGAGUAGUACAUUCUAUUUUACUAGUACUUGUAUGCUCACUAUAUAAGCUAAUUUUGCUCAUGGUGUAAUUUUGAGUCAGGUUAGUUGUUGUUUUAUCUUGCAA